AAUCAGCCUGCAACUCUGUCUCUCUCUCUCUCACUCUCUCUCUCUCUCUCCUUCCUGUCUUUCUCUCUCUAUCUCUAAGUUUCUUGCCUUGCUGCCGCCGGCUGGCUGGCUGGCUGCCCUGGACCGUGCAUCAGCAACGACCGGCGGGGAUUCCACCAGGUUCUUCCGAAAACAGGAUUUGUUCUGAUCUUUUAAAAACUAUUUGUGUAUAAAUCCUGUAAAUAUACCCUUUUUUAACCCUUUUUUUUUGGGGAUUUAAGGGUGUAAAUUUGGUUAUAUAGCUAAACUGAGUCGUAGUGUUCAGAAUAGAUUGGUGUUUGGUUUCUUCUUUUUGCUCUGUAAAUUGAGCAGAGAUGUAUACGUUUUAGGGAAGAAAAGUUGAGAAAACAGGCCCCUUUUUGGGUUUUGGGGGAUUAUGGAAUCCUAAACUGUUUAGGUUGCAUCUAAAUACUUUGUUAUAAUGAAAUAAUUGAUUUUUAAGAAACAUGUUGUGAAAUAUUGGGUUAAGUUUGUACAUAAUUUGCAGUCUUUGCCUUUUUCUUUGUGGAAUAUUGGGCUUUGGGUAUUGUUCAAAAAGGGUUAUUCUUUGGAAUUCUGUUUGUAGGGAAUUGGUUGUGAAUUAAUAGAUAAUAGUGUUUUUUCUUAUUCAGAAAAGGUUGAACCAACUUUGUAGAGAGAGAGGAAAUCAUUGUAUAAGUUCCAAGAUCUCAAACCAUCUGUAAAUUUAAGGGCAAGAAUUGGGUUUCUGUGUUAUUUUUUUCCUUUUGCCUUGGGUUAGGUAUUGUAUAAAUUAAUCAAGAAAAUCAUACCCAUCUGUGAUUUGUUAAUCUAAUUGGAAGGAUAUGGUGGAUUUCUCCAUGGCUGCAACAACUUUAGUUGGUCAUGGUCCUUGGUUUCUCUCUCCUCAUGAUGGACGUGGGCCUCGGUUUCUCUCUCCUCUUGAUCGAACCAUCUUCUCUUGUCGAAAGCCUGAAUCAAGUUAUAACCGUAAACGACUUCUUCCCUCUGAAUUUAUGGGUCGAAGAAGCAUAUCGGAUGUUCAAUUUAUCGAGAAAGGCAGAAAAAGAGACUUUUUUUCUGUCUCUUUAACAAAAGCUCUUGCAAUGGAGCUGACAAAAGAGGCAUAUUCCUAUCGAGAAGGCAAGAAGCUUCCUGAAAAUAACUCCAAUUCUUUUAUAAAUACAACAUCCAGCCCUAGACUCUGGCCUCCACCGAAUAGAGCUGAUGACCCAUCACUGAAAAACCCAUUACUCAGGCAGCAUCGAAUGGGUUGUGGUUGGCUAGGGGUUAUUAUGGAAUGGGAGGGAGUUUUGAUCGAAGAUGACCCUGAUUUAGAGAGAAGAUCAUGGUUAAUUCUCUCUCAAGAAGAAGGCAAAAGUCCGCCUCCUGCUUUUAUUUUGCGGCGAAUUGAAGGGAUGAAGAAUGAGCAGGCAAUCUCUGAGGUUCUUUGCUGGUCUAGAGACCCUGUUGAGCUUCGAAGGUUAAGUUUGAGGAGAGAAAAAAUCUAUGAGGAAAUUCAAGGUGGGUUUUAUAGGCUGAGGCCUGGUUCACUAGAAUUUGUGAGGAAUUUGGGAAAAUAUGAGAUACCUAUGGCUCUGGUCUCUACUAGGCCAAGAGAAUUUGUUCAAAAGGCCAUGGAAGUUGUUGAGUUAGAAGGCAUUUUCAGUGUGGUUGUGGCAGCUGAGGAUGUUCAUAGAGGGAAACCCGACCCUGAAAUGUUUGUUUAUGCGGCUCAAGUAUUGAAUUUUAUCAACGAAAGAUGCAUAGUAUUUGGGAAUUCGAAUUCGAGUGUUGAGGCCGCUCAUGAUGCAUCCAUGAAAUGCAUAGCAGUUUCGGGCAAGCACCCCAUGUAUGAACUUGGGGCGGCUGAUUUAGUGGUGAGGAGAUUGGACGAGCUCUCUGUUGUGGAUUUGAAGAAUUUGGCUGAUCUCAACUCUUUGGAGUUUGGGAUACAAGAACCAGAGGUUGAAAUGGAAUUGCAGGAGGAUCCGUUUGCUCAGACUUCAGUCGCCGUUGAUGAUCUAUGGUAGUUAUCAACGGAAGUCUCUCUCUCACACACAAACACACACACACACAAUCAGGUACUUGAAGGUAGACCCAGGGCAUUGAUUUAUGAGAAGGGACACAAUGCAGUAGCUACAACAAGGAAAGCCACACACACAAAAGCUCAAAUUAGAGGAGGAAGAAACUAUGACAACCAGUCUGAAAAACCAAAGUCACGUAUAUGGAACAAAGAUUUCCUCUUUCUUAAUUGAACCAAGCAUCUCAAGAAUGGAUUAAGUUAAGAUGGCUCAUUGUUGUGUACUGGUGUUUCAUGGACUUCACUCUGUAAUAUGAUUAACGGAUAAAUGAUGAUAUGAAAUGGCGCCCUGGUGUAUGAUUAGUCGGUACGUCUCCAUUUGACGUACCUUUUUCAUAUUGUGUAUGUAAUAUAUGCAUUAUUCAGAUAGAUUCCGUAGUCUUUGAAAAUCGCAAAUGUGUAUAAUUUCUUUCUGUCA